AUCGUUUAUUGUACAUUUUGGGGAAUAUUUCCAUCUUCAGAUGAAGAAGAGUUUGAAGGAAUUAUUCCAGGUUUAACAUCUGAAGUCUGCAUGAUAUAAUACUGUAAUUAUGGAGGUUAUUAAAGAGGAGAGUGUGAACACGAGUGAUCCAGAACACAGCAGAAUUAAAAACGAAGAUACUGAAGAACAAACAGGCCUUCUGGAACAAAAUGAAGUGGAGGAGAAAAACCAUCUGUAUCAGGAACCAGAGAGGUUCAGAACUGGAGAAAGUUUUUUUAGUUGCUUACAGACUGAAAAUAAUUUCACACAAAGUGCUCCAAGAACAGGAGCCAAAAAUCCUUUCAGCUGCCCUCAGUGUGGAAAAAAUUUCAAACGAAAUGCAGAUCUUAAGAAACACAUACGAAUCCACACAGGAGAGAAGCCUUUUGCAUGUCCUCAGUGUGAAAAAUGCUUCACAUGUAAAUCAGUCCUUACGACCCACAUGAAAAUUCACACGGGAGAGAAGCCUUUCAAAUGCACUGAGUGUGGAAAGAGCUUCACAUAUCAAGGAAGCCUGAAGGAUCAUGUAAGAAUCCACACUGGAGAGAAGCCUUUUACCUGUCCUGAAUGUGGAAAAUGUUUCUCACGUAAAGAACAUCUUCAGAUUCACAUAAGAUACCACAUUGGAGAGAAGCCUUUCACGUGCCCUCAGUGUGGAAGUGGUUUCAUAAAUAAAGGAGAUCUUAACAAACACCUAAGAAUCCACACUGGAGAAAAGCCAUUUACGUGCACUCAGUGUGAAAAGAGCUUUACGUGUAAAGCCAUCCUUAACAACCAUAUGAGGAUUCACACAGGAAAGAAGCCCUUUACUUGCCCUCAGUGUGAAAAGUGCUUCACGUGUAAAGCAAACCUUCAAGAUCACAUAAGAAUCCACACCGGAGAGAUGCCUUUCACAUGCCAUCAGUGUGGAAAGACCUUCAGAUACAAAAACUGUCUCAACGAUCAUCUGCGCCUCCAUUCUGGAGAACGGUCAUUUAUCUGCGAUCAGUGCAAUAAAACGUUUGUUUUGGCAGCAGGCCUGAGAAAACACCUGAAAACUCAUGCAAGUGAGAAACCUCACUUGUGUUCCAUCUGUGGAAAAAGGCUUACAAGUCGGUACCGUUUAAAAGAGCACCAGAAAAUACACACCGGUGUGAGAGCUCAUGAAUGCUCAGAGUGUGGAAAAACCUUCACAACAAUUGACGGCAUGAAAAAGCACCAAAUAAUUCAUACUGGAGAAAGACCGUACAAGUGCUCACACUGUGGAAAGAACUUCAGUCGAUUAGGAACGAUGAAAAUACACGAGCGAGUGCAUACUGGAGAGAAGCCAUAUCAAUGCACUUCAUGUGGGAAAACGUUCAACCAAUCAAGUAGUCUACGGACUCAUUUGAAAAAAAGUUGCCCAAAGUCACAAAGUGAGCAGAGUUCAUCGUCAGGUCCAAGUACAUCAUUAGAAAUUCAAAUAAACCAAAAGAUGGACGUUCUACCAACAGAGUAAUUAAAUUAAACUGGUCAAUGAGCUAAAAUGAUCUUGUGUUCAUUGCAUAAAUGUCCUUUUUUUUUUUUUGCUGUGAAAUGACUUUUGUUGGAAUGUUUUGUAUGUUGUUUAUGUUUAGUACUAGCAAUAUGAACACAAGUUAAACAAUGGCUACAUCGUUCUGUUGAUUUUCCAAUCAUACGCUUAACAGCUUAGUUCUGUUAGUCUGUUGGAAGGUGAUACAAUGGGAACUUUUCAUAAUCCAAAAUGGACAAAAAGCACAAAAAAAUUAUCAUUCAAAUAGUCCAUAUCAGUUGAUUUUUGUGAGGAACAGACCAAAAUAUAAGAGCAAGAUUUCCAGCAAAUUUCCUUCAAAUACUAUUGAUGCUUUACAGCCAUUGUAACAUCCACUUUCAUUGUAUAGAAAAGAGCAGUGUGAAUAACAUGAUCAUUGUUUUCUAUUGUAUUCCUUGUAAGAAAGAAAAUCAUAUAGGUUUUAAAUGACGUGCGUAAAUUAUGACAUGAUUUUCUUUUUUUUUUAUCGAAACAUUUUUUGUACAUGUGUCCCUUCGUGAAAACUUAAAAAACUUACAAAAAAAGCCAAAGAGCAGCUUGCCUUGUAAUUGUGAAUGGAGUUCCAAAAUUAAAACUUUUUUUACUCAUAUACAUGUAUUCUCUGUGUAAUAAAAAAAACACUG